AUGCGAUACAGCCGAUUGGCAUCAAGUGAAGCCGAAGCGGACGAGACGUCGGCCCUUAUCCGACGCUCCAAUCGUCAUACAUCCAUGGGAGACGAAGUUACUGUCGAGAGUGGUUCUUCGGGCGACGAGGUCCAUCUACUGCCCACACCAUCUGCAUCUGGGUCUACUUGCAGCAUGACGCGGUAUGUUUGUAAAUUGAGGUGUUGGGAUCAAUGCUAC